GCCGAGAGGGGGAGCGGAAUAAAGGCUGCACACGCGGCGCUGUAGUGUCCGGGCGGAAACCUGCGCGAGCGCAUUCUGCUGAUUGUUUAUUUCUGCUUCAGUAAAACAUAUAAAAAGUAAUAAAGAAGAUUAAUUUCCUUUCUUUAUAAAGUAAAAGUUUUUUUGUUCCAGCAGCAUGACUGAAGCUCAGCAGUAUGAGGAACAGUUUGCACACCGUUUCUCUGCCCAGGAUGAAGAGUUUCAGCGGUAUUUACAGCAGCCUGAGGUGCAGCCACCUGUAGUGGAGGGGUGGAGGAGCAGAGAUGCCCGGUUCCAGGAAAGCAGACAUCACCGAGGGGGUGGAGGCUGGGGUCAGAGGUCAUGGGAUCGGCGAUCUGCAGAUCACCAGAACUCCUAUAAUCAGAGACGACGUUAUGAUCGCUACUGAGUGUGUUUGUUUCUGUAUGUGAUUAUUACAUUUGGAAAUCAUUAGGUUAUUCAGGAUCAAACCUCAUUUUAAAUCUGCUUUAAUAAGGAGUAAAAUCCUGUUUGUUUCUCACUUUAAUGGAGUUAAUCUUUUUGAUGUAAACAAAAUUGCACACAAUGUACAUUUCCUUGAGUGUUUUAAAUAAAGUGCAGUUUGAUGAUGA